CUAACUUCUCGCCCGCAGUCCACUGAUAUCACGUGCGUCCUUGCUGCCUCAGGCCGCGAAAGGCACCCGCUAAUCCCAGUGUGGCCCGAGCAAAUAAGCCUAAGGCCCUGAGGCCACUUGGAGACAUGUCGGCGGAGUGUGGUGGCCACCUUCACGCCCUCGUCCCAUACAUCCACCAUCCUCUCUUGCUCCCUCUUCUCUGCAGCGUCGGUGCUCCCCGUCCAGGCAACUUGCAAUUCCGUCCCUUUCCUCUCCCGCACACUCCUCUCUUGCCUCCUGCAACUUGCGUUCAUGAACCCAUUGUUUACUUCCGGAGCCCCUCACGAAAUAGUCUAGAUACGCACGCCCACCGCUCAUCGCCAUGGUGCGCGUUAGGGAGAUUCCUCGAACGGCCACGUUCGCCUGGUCUCCCGGCGCCCAGGCUCCCUUGUUAGCUACUGGAACCCGAGCAGGUGCUGUCGAUUUUGAUUUCUCCAAUGAGAUUAACCUGGAGCUCUGGGAUUUGGGCUUGAAUACAAGUGUCGACAUUGGCAGAGAGCCGCAGCCUCUAGUUAAGGUUCCUACGGACUCUGGAUUUAAUGAUCUCGCCUGGGCUCCGUAUGACGACAACAAUAGGGGAAUCAUUGCUGGCGCGCUCGAUGAUGGCUCGCUCAAACUCUGGGAUGCCGACAAACUUCUUAGUGGGACAGGCAACUCUUUGACAGCGUCAUCUCAGAAGCACUCCGGUGCCAUCAAGUCUCUGCAAUUCAAUCCGAAGCACUCGAAUCUUCUCGCCACUGGCGGAGCUAAAGGAGAGCUGUUUAUCACGGAUUUGAAUAAUGUCGAGAACCCAUUCCGCUUGGGAAACACAGCCGCGCGCGCUGACGACAUCGAAUGUCUGGACUGGAACAAGAAAGUUGCUCACAUUCUGGUUACGGGGUCUAGCGCGGGAUUUGUUACCGUUUGGGAUGUUAAGACGAAGAAGGAAAGCUUGACAUUGAAUAAUCUAGGUCGGAAACCCGUCAGUGCUGUGGCUUGGGACCCAGAAAAGCCAACUAAACUCGUCACUUCCAUACCACUAGAGUCUGAUCCUGUAAUAUUAGUUUGGGACCUUCGAAACUCGCAUGCUCCUGAACGUGUUCUCAAGGGACAUGAAUCGGGUGUCCUGUCAUUGUCAUGGUGUGCUCAAGACCCUGACCUCCUUUUGUCAUCAGGCAAGGAUAACCGAACUAUUUGCUGGAACCCUCAAACCGGUGAGAAUUAUGGAGAAUUCCCUAUUGUUACAAACUGGACCUUUCAGACACGAUGGAACCCUCACAACCCCAACUUCUUCGCUACCGCAUCCUUCGAUGGCCGGAUCUCUAUACAAACUAUCCAGAAUACCAGUAAAGAAGCUGUCCAGAAUGUGGCCACACAGAACCAGACACUGGAUGGGGAGGACUUUUUUGCAAAAGCGCAGACCCAACCGCAAGCAUCGACAUUUUCGCUGUCCAAGACUCCCAAGUGGCUUGAACGACCAGUAUCAGCAUCAUUUGGCUUUGGCGGCAGAGUUGUAUCAGUGGCCCUAGCUGACAGCACUAAGCGUUCCUCCAAGGUUAGGAUCACACCUUUCCAGAUAGACUCCGCAGUUGGCAGUGCUACUGAGCAAUUCGAAAGCGACCUUAAGGAAGGAAAUUUCAAAAAUAUCUGUGAAUCUCGUAUUGAGAGCGCCUCAAGUGAGCAAGAGAAAGCUGACUGGAAAGUCAUUGAGACGCUUCUUUCGGAGAAUCCGCGAAAGGGCCUUGCUGCCUACCUUGGGUUUCAUGAUACUGCAGAUGAGGCUGCGGAUGGGCUGGCGAAAUUAGAUCUCAAGGAAGAAACGAAUGGUGAGGCUGACAAGCCAGCUGCUGAUUCGAAAAAGAAGCACAAGCGUCUACAGUCAAUAUUCGACGGACCUGACGCACCAGAUAACUUCUUGAGUGAUCUUGCUGCGUCUAAAGGUGCACGGACUAACAAUCCCUUCAACAUUUUCAGUGGAAGCGAAUCUGAGUCAGACAAGAAGAUCACGAGAUCCCUUCUUUUAGGUCAAUUUGAGCAUGCCCUGGAUGUUGCUCUUCAGGAGGACAGGUUGUCAGAUGCCUUCAUGAUCGCUGUUUGCGGUGGAGACAAAUGCAUUGAAAAGGUACAAGAGGUAUACUUUUCGAAACAGAAUGGAGGACCAAAUUAUGUCCGUCUCCUUGCAUCGAUUGUUGGAAAGAAUCUAUGGGACGUCGUCCACAACGCUGAUUUAUCGAACUGGAAGGAAGUAAUGGCAACAUUGUGCACCUUCGCCGACGAGAAGGAAUUCCCUGAUCUCUGUGAAGCUCUUGGUGAUCGGCUAGAAGAGCAAUUUCAGAGUACCUCUGAUAGGGCUGUUCGUAAGAAUGUCUCUUUCUGUUACCUAGCAGGAUCUAAGUUGGAGAAGGUGGUUGGUAUCUGGCUUGACGAGUUCAAGGCGAAUGAGAAACAUGGCAUUGACCAAGCCGAGGAAGGCUCUACUUUCUCUGUUCACGUUCGUGCUCUGCAAGGAUUUAUUGAGAAGGUCACUAUUUUUCGUCAGGUGACAAACUACCAAGAUACCGACUGCCAGAAAGAUGCAGAUUGGAAGCUUGGUGUACUCUAUGAUAAGUACGUCGAGUAUGCGGAUGUUGCUGCGACACAUGGCCGUCUGGACGUCGCGGACCGUUACCUUGGCCUCGUUCCCGAGAAGCAUGGUGAAGCUGAGAUUGCCAGAAACCGAAUCAGCUUAGCCACCAGGAAAGCUCCUACUGUGAAGAAGUCCGCUCAAGUUCCUCAAACCAGAACCACCUCGCUACCCCAGCCAAUCCCUUUCCAGCCACCUCAGCCCACUUACGGCCCGACACCACCUGUUAGUAAUCCAUAUGCUCCGGCAACGAAUACGUCCUCACCUGUUGCGCCUCCUCAGCCUGCUAAUCCUUAUGCUUCAUUUGGAUCCAACCCAUACCAGCCUGUUGGAGGCUACCAGCCUGCUCAGCCAGCGAAACCACCUGUUGCACCCCCUCCGCAACAAUUCGGUGUUCCUCCUCCAGGUCCUGGAGGAGUACCACCUCCACCUAGAGGAUUCAAUCAGUCUCCUUCCGGGCCUCAAGUGUCUACAUAUACAAACAGAACCGAUCUCCCUGCGUGGAAUGACUUGCCCGAAGGAUUUGGAACUGCGAAACCUGCAUCUAGGCGAGGUACUCCUGCAGCAGUGGCUUCUCCAUUCCCUGGUCAACCUCCUCUGGCGCCACCAACUUCUCCUCCUGUUGGACCUCCUGUUGCUAGUCAAAAAGCCCCCCCUCCACCUCCACCAAAGGCUGGUAGUGUUCCACCACCCCCUGUCAUUUCUCCCCCAGUCGGACCUCCGAGACCUCCUUCAGUGUCUUCUAACGCGGCAGCACCCGUAAAUGCAUAUGCACCUCCGGUGACUCAGUCACCGCCCACUGUGCCGGGUAUGGCCAUGCCCCCACCAAUUCCACGAGGCCCUUCUCCCUACAACGCGCCUCCUUCAGGGCCACCACCAACGAAUCGAUAUGCCCCUAGCCCUGCCGCCCAGGCAGCUGCACCUCAAACUCGCCCCCCCCCUACAGGACCAUAUGCACAGCAACCAGCGGCGGCUCCCAGCCCGUAUGCUCCAGUUGCUGGUGUUGCUCCACCACCAGCGGGAGCUCCUGGAGGACCGCCUCCUGCAACCGGUUCUCGACCAGGAACAGCGCAGUCGCAGAAGAAAGCCGCUCCACCGCCACCAAAAUACCCGCCUGGUGACCGAUCCCAUAUCCCGGCAGAUGCAGUCCCAAUUUAUGAGUUACUCUCAAAUGAUAUGCAACGGGUGAAAUCACGCGCCCCUUCAUCAUUCAAAGCCCAGGUUGAUGACGCCGAACGACGACUCAAUAUAUUAUUUGACCACCUCAACAAUGAAGACUUGUUGAAACCGAACACAGUGGCGGACAUGAAUGAAUUGUCCAAGGCGAUACAGGCGAAGGACUACGAGACAGCCAAGAAUAUCCAUUUGGAAAUUCUGACGAACCGAACAGAUGAGUGCGGGAACUGGAUGGUUGGAGUUAAACGAUUGAUCAGCAUGAGCAGAGCAACUCCGUGAGUGGUUGAUAAUAGACGAUAAACCAAUGUAAAUGCUAUACCCAUGGGGUUAGUAAAAGCUUUCUUGUUACUUGUAGCCGUGGUUGUUAUUUCUUUUUAUGUUUGUUUUAUGAUAUACACUUAUUGGAAGA